AAUUUUCUGCAAUCUGCUGUGCAAAAAAGAUCUUAACGUGUCUCCUUCAUAGAUUAUUCUUAGUUGGUAUUUUUUCCGAAUCGAAGAAACACUCAUCAAUGGCCGGAAAGGGAGAGGGUCCAGCAAUCGGAAUCGAUCUGGGAACCACCUACUCCUGCGUUGGGGUAUGGCAACAUGACAGGGUGGAGAUCAUAGCCAACGACCAAGGAAACAGAACCACACCCUCCUAUGUGGCUUUCACUGACACUGAGCGUUUGAUUGGUGACGCCGCCAAGAACCAGGUCGCCAUGAAUCCUAUCAACACCGUCUUCGAUGCUAAGCGUUUGAUUGGAAGGAGGUACAGUGACCCUUCUGUCCAGAACGACAUCAAGCUCUGGCCAUUCAAGGUCAUUGCUGGUCCUGGUGACAAACCCAUGAUUGUUGUCAAUUACAAGGGUGAGGAGAAGCAGUUUUCUGCUGAGGAAAUUUCAUCCAUGGUGCUUACAAAGAUGCGUGAGAUUGCUGAGGCCUACCUUGGUUCCACUGUGAAGAAUGCAGUUGUCACUGUGCCUGCCUACUUCAAUGACUCCCAGCGUCAGGCCACUAAAGAUGCUGGAGUCAUUGCAGGCCUCAAUGUUAUGAGAAUUAUCAAUGAGCCCACUGCUGCAGCCAUUGCUUAUGGUCUUGAUAAGAAGGCAACCAGUGCUGGAGAGAAGAAUGUUUUGAUUUUUGAUCUGGGUGGUGGCACGUUUGAUGUUUCCCUUCUUACCAUUGAAGAGGGUAUAUUUGAAGUGAAGGCUACUGCCGGUGACACUCACCUUGGUGGUGAAGAUUUUGAUAACAGAAUGGUGAGCCACUUUGUUCAAGAGUUCAAGAGGAAGCAUAAGAAGGAUAUUAGUGGGAACCCAAGAGCUCUGAGGAGGUUGAGGACUGCAUGUGAAAGGGCCAAGAGGACUCUUUCAUCAACUGCUCAGACUACCAUUGAGAUUGAUUCUCUAUAUGAGGGUAUUGAUUUCUAUUCAACAGUCACUCGUGCAAGGUUUGAAGAACUUAACAUGGACCUGUUCAGGAAGUGUAUGGAGCCAGUUGAGAAGUGUUUGAGGGAUGCUAAGAUGGACAAAAGUAGUGUCCACGAUGUUGUUCUUGUUGGUGGUUCUACUAGAAUCCCGAAGGUGCAGCAGCUGUUGCAAGACUUCUUUAAUGGGAAGGAGCUUUGCAAGAGCAUUAAUCCAGAUGAGGCUGUUGCUUACGGUGCUGCUGUUCAAGCUGCUAUCUUGAGUGGUGAGGGUAAUGAGAAGGUGCAAGAUCUAUUGCUCCUGGAUGUCACUCCUCUAUCUCUUGGGUUGGAAACAGCUGGUGGUGUCAUGACCGUGUUGAUUCCAAGGAACACCACCAUUCCUACAAAGAAAGAGCAGGUCUUUUCAACCUACUCAGACAACCAACCUGGUGUCUUAAUCCAGGUCUAUGAGGGUGAGAGAGCGAGAACAAAGGACAACAAUAUGUUGGGCAAGUUCGAGCUUACAGGAAUUCCGCCAGCACCUAGGGGGGUUCCUCAAAUCAAUGUCUGUUUUGACAUUGAUGCAAAUGGUAUAUUGAAUGUCUCUGCUGAGGACAAGACCACUGGUCAGAAGAACAAGAUCACAAUCACAAACGACAAGGGCAGGCUGUCCAAGGAGGAAAUUGAGGAGAUGGUUCAGGAAGCAGAGAAGUACAAGGCAGAGGAUGAAGAACACAAGAAGAAAGUUGAGGCCAGGAACGCUCUGGAGAAUUAUGCCUACAACAUGAGGAACACCGUGAGAGAUGAGAAGAUAAGCUCCAAACUUGACCCGGCUGAUAAGAAGAAGAUUGAGGAUGCUAUUGAUCAGGCUAUUCAGUGGUUGGACGGGAACCAGCUAGCUGAGGCAGAUGAAUUUGAGGACAAAAUGAAAGAGCUUGAGGGCAUUUGUAAUCCCAUCAUAGCCAAGAUCUACCAGGGAGGAGCUGGUCCUAACAUGGGUGGUGGCAUGGAUGAAGAUGCUCAUCCAGCAGGUGGCAGCGGUGCUGGCCCCAAGAUUGAAGAAGUUGAUUAAACUUGUUUUUUUGGGGAAGAUUUGUUCUUAACUUUUAAAUGUAUUUUGUGCCCAACCCAACUUUCUUGUUAUAUAUGCAGUUUCGAAUGAUAUAAAACUAACCGUUUUUC